AUGAGGCAGGCAAAAACUGCUUUCCCUGGUCUUGGUUCACCUAUUACCUCCGUGGGCGUGACUUAUGAUGGAAAGUGGGUGUUGGGAACAACAGAUACUUAUUUGAUACUAAUAUGCACCUUAUUCACUGAUAAGGAUGGGAAAACUAAGACUGGUUUUAGUGGUCGUAUGGGAAACAAAAUUCUGGCACCUAGAUUACUAAAGCUGACCCCUGUGGAUGCCCACAUGGCUGGUUCUGAUAACAAGUUUCACGCUGGCCAUUUUUCUUGGGUUACUGAAAGUGGAAAACAAGAAAGGCAUUUGGUUGCCACAGUGGGCAAGUUCAGUGUGAUAUGGAAUUUUCAGCAGGUGAAGAACAGUGCACACCAUUGCUACCAGAAUCAGCAAGGGCUUAAGAGUUGCUAUUGCUACAAAUUAGUAUUGAAGGACGAGUCCAUCAUUGAAAGUCGAUUCAUGCACGACAAAUUUGCUUUUAGUAACUCACCAGAUGCUCCACUGGUUGUGGCUACCCCAAUGAAAGUUACUUCCUUCAGCAUGUCGGGCAAGAAAUGA